UUUACUAUGAAAAAGGGAUGGAGGCUCCCAGACUAUACACUUGCCCAGGAAACUGGACCACCCCAUAAGAGAGAAUUUACAAUGUCGUGUAGGGUGGAGAAUUUUGUAGAAUCUGGUAGUGGGACUUCAAAAAAAAUAGCAAAAAGAAUUGCUGCAGAAAAACUCAUCGCCAAGCUGCAGAGUUUACCACCCAAUUUUCCUGAAGUUGUGAAGAGGUCAAGUUGCACAUGGGACUUGUUGAAGAAUUCAUCUGGAGAGCAUAUUCUCUCACUUAAAAGAAACCCUCUCAGUGCUUCAAGUACUGAUUAUGUGAAGAUUCUUGCAGAUCUUGCAGACGAGCAAAACUUUAUUGUUAAUUAUUUAGAAAUUGAUGAACAGAAUGUGAAUGGGCAAUUUCAAUGCCUGGCUGAACUUUCUACAAAUCCAGUCACUGUUUGCCAUGGUUCUGGGAUAUCACCUGUGAGUGCUCACAAUGAAGCUGCCCAUAAUGCAUUGCAAUAUUUAAAAAUUAUGGCUAGCAAAAAGUAAUAUGCUAGUGCUCUGACACUAAGGGACUUGGACUUUUUAUAAAGCUUUUUAUUUUUGUUAUUUUGUUUAAGAAAAAUUCUCCUCUCUCCUAUAGUUCUCCCUGUUAUCUAAAUGUUUUAAGUAAUAUGGUUUUUGGCAUUGCCAUGCUGUAUGACGUAUUCACUUUGAAAGUCUGUCAUAUAAAGUGCUUGAAAGUGUUAAUGAUUUGCACUUUUAUGCAACUGAUUUUUUUUUUAUAUACUGGCCCAUUUGUCAAGUGGAAGGCAGGUAACUUCAGAAGUCAUUAUCAGUUAGUCCUUUGCGCUUAGAAUCUACUGGAUUUUGAAAGUGUUUAAGUUAAUACCAAAGGUGUGAACCAGUGAAAAACUGUAAUAUGGUUUUUAAAUGAAAAAAGUGAAAUAUUGAAGUAUUUAAAUAGGCAGCUUUUGAAGUGUGUUAACAGGGACUUGCAUUUUUAUAUGUACAUUUUUUUUAAAAAAAAAAAUAGUAGUACAUACUGUGGAAACUUUUUUACAUAGUGUUUUUGUUUGUACUUUUAACCAUAUGCUUGCAGUAAUGGUACUGCAUGGUUUUAAUAAAAAUUAUACAAUUGAUGCAAUGAAUUUGAUAUUGUAUGUUAUCACUGAAAUUUAUUUUCAAAAUAAAUUGGCUUCCAUAGAACUUU